AUGCGUUUCCCUUUGGCUGCUCUUGCAGUAGGCCUGCAGCUCCCUGCGGCGCUUUCCCACAGUGAUGGUGACCAGAAGCCGGUCGGAAUCGGCCUGGGCCAGCGAGGCUCAGGGAACUCGGGGGCUGAUGGGACGAAGCCAAACGUCGUGUUUGUGUUGACUGACGACCAGGACUUGCACCUGCAGUCGCUGGACUACCUGCCCUUGAUCAAGAAAUAUUUGACCGACAAUGGCACCCUAUACGAGCGUCAUUACUGCACCACGGCCGUCUGUUGCCCGUCCCGAGUAUCUCUUUGGACUGGCAAGCUGGCACACAACACCAAUGUCACAGACGUGAACCCGCCUUACGGCGGAUACCCCAAGUUCAUCAGCCAGGGAUUGAACGAGGCAUACCUCCCACUCUGGCUGCAGCGGGCCGGCUACGACACGUAUUACACGGGCAAGCUGUUCAAUGCGCACAGCGUCGACAACUACAACGCGCCCUUCCCGGCGGGCUGGAACGGGUCCGACUUCCUGGUGGACCCGUACACGUACAUGUACCUGAACGCCAGCUUCCAGCGCAACCUAGACCCGCCCGUCAGCUACGAGGGCCAGUACCUGGGAGACGUGCUCGCGCAGAAGGCCCUCGGCUUCCUGGACGAUGCCGCCCAGAAUGCCCACUCGCGGCCUUUCUUCCUCGGCAUCGCGCCCAUCGCCCCGCACAGCAACGUCAACGCAACGUACGCAACGUCGACAGGCUCGGAAACCACCACUGCCGAUCCAGACAAGAUCGGAGCCGCCUUCGGGCCCCCGAUCCCGGCCCCGCGGCACGCAGACCUCUUCCCAAACGUCUCGGUCCCCCGCACGCCGAACUUCAACCCUUCCUUCGCCACGGGCGCCAGCUGGGUGCGCAAUCUCCAGCCCCAGACGGAGCAAGACGUCGCGUCCAACGACCACUUCUACCGGCAGCGCCUGCGCGCGCUGCAGUCGGUCGACGAGCUGGUGGCGAGCGUGGUGGAGCGGCUCGCCGACCACGGCCUGCUGCACAACACCUUUAUCUUCUACACGAGCGACAACGGCUUCCACAUCGGCCAGCACCGCCUGCCGCCCGGCAAGGCGUGCGGCUUCGAGGAGGACAUCAACGUCCCGCUGAUUGUGCGCGGGCCGGGCGUGCCGAGCGGGAAGAGGGUCGCGGAUGUGGUGACCAGCCAUGUCGAUCUGGCGCCUACCCUGCUGCGCAUCGCCGGGGUGGAUCUGGAUCUGGAUCUGGAUGGGGAGGCCGUUCCCCUGACGGAAGGCGAGCUGGACAAGGCCGCAAGCGGGAUGAGACACGAGCAUGUCACGGUCGAGUAUUGGGGCAUGGCCUUGUCCGAGGGACAGCCGUUCCGCGCGAAUGAGCAGAGGUGGGUGGCGAAUAACACGUACAAGGCGCUGCGGAUCAUCGGACGGCAGUACAACUUCUACUAUGCCGUCUGGUGCAAUAAUGAGCAUGAGUUCCACGAUCUUACGACGGACCCGUACCAGCUCAACAACCUCCUCGACGACUCGGCCACACCGCCUGCCACGCUCCUCGGCGUGCCCUUCGCCAAUGUCAUCGCUCGUCUCGACGCGCUGCUCCUCGUCCUCAAGUCAUGCAAGGGCAGCACCUGCGUGCGGCCGUGGCAGGCGCUGCACCCCGCGGGCAACGUGCGGAGCCUGCGGGACGCGCUCAGCAGCCGCUUUGAUUCCUUUUAUGAGGAGCGGCAGCAGAAGAAGGUCAGCUUCGACCGGUGCGAGUUGGGCUAUCUCGUGGACGCCGAGGGCCCGCAGUUUGAUGAAAAGGACGGGCUGGGGUAUCGGGAGGGUGUGAACUGGAGUGAGUGGGUGUAA